UUGUUAAGAGGUGAUGUGAGUAGGGAACAGAUUCUUUACCAAUCACCAGGCCAUAGGAUUGCUUUUUUUUUUUAAUCAUCAUGGAUAUACACGGACGUAUCUCGUUCUCCUACACAACACGGAGGUUGUUUUAUGGGUGGAGGUGGAAAAUAGGAACGCUGAUGUUUCUGCUUCGUUUGAUUACCACGGUAGGUGGUCAGAUUCGUUAUUCUAUUCCAGAGGAGAUGAAAAAGGGCUCUACGGUAGGAAACGUGGCGCUGGAUCUCGGUUUGGACACGAAGAGACUAAUUUCUGGACGGGCCCGCAUCGUGACGGGAGAAAGCAUCCAGUACGCGGAGCUGAAAACAGACAAAGGGCUCCUGGUUGUCAGUGACAGAAUCGACCGCGAGCAGCUUUGCGGAGAUGUGACGCCGUGCAGCUUCAGCUUUGAAAUCAUUUUAGAAAACCCGAUCGAGCUGCAUAGGGUAAUUGUUGAGGUUUUGGAUAUAAACGAUCACGCUCCCGUAUUUCCAAUUAAAAAUAACGCUCUUCUAUUUGAAAUAAGUGAAUCUGCUGCAGUUGGAGUCCGCUUCCCUUUGCAGAGUGCGGACGAUCAAGAUGCGGGUCAAAACGCAUUACAAAAUUACAUUUUGUCAGCAAACGAGAAUUUUAUCCUAAAUCAGCAUGCAAAUCCAGACGGCAGUAAAUAUGUUGAAAUGGUGCUGCAGAAGCCUUUAGACAGAGAGCGACGGCCCCGUUUGUCUUUAAAAUUAAUUGCAGUUGAUGGAGGAACACCACAGAGAUCCGGGACCGUAAAUAUAGAAAUAAACGUUUUAGAUGCAAAUGACAACGAACCUGUCUUUAACCAGUCGGUGUAUAAGGCUACUGUUAUGGAAAACACAAUGAAAGGUACGAGUAUAAUAACUGUAAAUGCGACAGACGCUGACAGUGGUUCAUAUGGACUCAUGACUUACAGUUUGUCAAAAAUGAAAGGAGGUGCCGCAGAUAUAUUUAAUAUUGACGAAAAUACUGGCACGAUUUCCGUGUCUGGUCAAAUAGACUAUGAAAAAAAUAGAAAAUUUGAAGUGAGAGUGGAAGCAAAGGAUCAAGGUGGAUUGACUGGGACCAGUAAAGUUAUAUUUGAUGUUAUUGACAUCAAUGACAAUGCCCCAGUUAUUCAUAUAAUGUCAUUUUCAAGUCCUUUGUCUGAGGAUUCACCACCUGGUACGACAGUUGCAGUUCUGAACAUAAAAGAUAUCGAUUCUGACAGAAAUGGGCAAAUAAAGUGUUCCAUUGAUAGAAAACUUCCUUUUAAACUCGAGACUUCUUUAACAAACUAUUACAAUUUGAUUUCAGAUCAAUAUUUUGAUCGAGAAUCUGUUUCAGAAUAUAACAUAACAAUUACAGCCACUGAUCUGGGAGCACCUCCACUUUCUAGCUCAACCAAGUUACAUCUUAAAAUAUCAGACGUGAAUGACAAUGCACCAUUAUUCAAUAAAAAUAUUUAUUCAGCUUAUAUUGCAGAGAAUAAUUCGCCUGGCACUUCCAUAUUUGCUGUCUCUGCCCGAGACGCUGAUUGGAAUCAAAACGCGAGAAUCUCUUACCUUUUGGAAGAUACACAGAUAACUGGCAGUCCAAUUUCGACUUUUGUUACUUUGAAUUCUGAAACUGGUGUUCUCAGUGCUGUUCGAUCAUUUGAUUAUGAGCAAAUUAAACAACUGGACUUGGUGGUCAGAGCACAGGAUGGCGGCUCCCCUCCCCUCAGCAGCAACGUGAGCGUUCGCAUCCUGAUCCAGGACCAGAACGACAACGCCCCUCAGGUCCUGUACCCAGUGCAGACGGGCGGCUCGCUGCUGGCCGAAAUGGUGCCUCGUUCUGCAGAUGUGGGCUAUCUUGUGACAAAAGUGGUGGCCGUGGAUGUGGACUCCGGUCAGAGCCUGCACAACGCCACCGACAGGGCGCUCUUGGAAGUGGGCCUCCACAACGGAGAAAUCCGAACUGUCCGCCAAGUGACUGACAAAGAUGCUGUCAAACAAAGACUGACUGUUGUCGUGGAGGACAACGGGCGGCCCUCUCGUUCAGCAACGGUCAUUGUGAACCUGGCGGUGGCCGACAGCUUCCCUCAAGUGCUGUCAGAGUUCACUGAUUUGAGCAUGCACGACAAGGAGUACAAUGACCAGCUUACUUUUUACUUAGUCUUGGCGCUG